AUGUCUCGUCCCGAGCAUAUUGCUCCAGCAGAAAUCUUUUACAAUGAAGAGGAGGCGAAGAAGUACUCCACGAAUUCCCGUAUGUCUUUUAUUCAACAAGAAAUGACAGAGCGUGCGAUUGAGUUGAUGAAUUUGAAUGGACGGACCAAUCUCCACAUUUUAGAUUUAGGGUGUGGGUCCGGGUUUUCAGGGACGACUUUAGAAAUGAACGGACAGUUAUAUACUGGCAUGGACAUCUCUUUUGAUAUGCUUAAAAUAGCAAAAGAGAGUAAUGGGAGUGUAGUACAAGGUGAUAUGGGUGGGUAUCUUCCCUUCCGUCCAAACACCUUUGAUGGGUGUAUUUCGAUCUCUGCGAUCCAGUGGUUAUGUCAGUCAGACAAACGUUCACAAAAUCCGUUGUCGCGUCUUCGAAAGUUAUUUGAGUCCUUGUUUGGGUGUAUGAAAAGAGGUUCUCGGUGUGUUUUUCAGUUAUAUCCCGAGUCACACUUCGACUUGGAAAUGAUAACCAAUGCGGCUGCUAAAGCAGGGUUUACUGGGGGUGUUGUUGUCGAUUUCCCUAACAGUAAAAAAGCAAAGAAGUAUUACAUCGUUUUAAUGUGUGGAGAGCAGAAGGGUGGGAUGCCAAUGGCAAAAGGUGUUGAUGUCGUCGAUGAAGAGGAGACCAGCAUCAAAGUCGAUAAGAAGAAGUUCAAGAACGAGACAAAACCACGAAAGAUUAAAACAAAAAGUCGUGAGUGGAUCUUAAACAAGAAACAAAAACAACGUGAGAAAGGUUUGGAUGUCAGACCAGACACUAAGUACACUGGAAGAAAGAGAAGUCGUGGGUUCUAA